AUGCUUCAUCUUCUUUCAUAUUCUUUAUUUCCACUUUUCUUUCUUUCUUUACACACAAUACAUAGAUUCUUUCUUUUCUUCCUUCUUUCACUGUUGUCUUUCUUUCUUGUACACACAGUACAUACAUUCUUUCCUUCCUUCCUUCCUUCCUUCCUUCCUUCCUUCCUUCCUUCCUUCCUUUCUUUCUUUCUUGUACAAACAAUACAUAGAUUCUUUUUUCUUCUUUCUUUCUUCUACACACAAUACAUAGAUUCUUUCUUUCUUUCCGUUCUUCUUUCUUUCUUACUCUUUCUUUCCUUCCUUCCUUCCUUUCUUCUACACACAAUACAUAGAUUUUUUCUUUUCUUCUUUCUUUCUUUCUUUCUUUCUUUCUUGUACACACAAUACAUAGAUUCUUUCUUUCUUUCUUUCUUUCUUUCUUUCCUUCCUUCCUUCUUUCUUUCUUGUAUUCUUUCUUUCCUUCCUUCUUUCUUUUUUUCUUUCUUGUAUACACAAUACAUAGACUCUUUCUUUCCUUCCUUCAUUCCUUUCUUCUACACACAAUACAUAGAUUCUUUCUUUUCUUCUUUCUUUCUUUCUUUCUUUCUUGUACACACAAUACAUAGAUUCUUUUCUUUCUUUCUUUCUUUCUUUCCUUCCUUCCUUCUUUCUUUCUUGUGUGCACAAUACAUAGAUUCUUUCUUUCCUUCCUUCUUUCUUUCUUACUCUUUCUUUCCUUCCUUCAUUCCUUUCUUCUACACACAAUACAUAGAUUCUUUCUUUUCUUCUUUCCUUCUUUCUUUCUUUCUUGUACACACAAUACAUAGAUUCUUUUCUUUCUUUCUUUCCUUCCUUCCUUCCUUCCUUCUACACACAAUACAUAGAUUCUUUCUUUCCUGUCAUAUACUUCUAUAUCUAUAA